CAUGAUGAAUUGCCAGUUAAUGAGACCUGAAGUGAAGCUCAUCAAAAACACUCAUGCCUGGGAGUCUAGGUCAGGUUUGCAGGUGAAGUGGCUGGUUUUAGACUGUCUCUGUCUGCUAACCAAGAGCAUGUCCUGGGCUCAGCGGCAGAGUGCCUGGUAACAUCCCCCAUGUGCCAGACUGCAACAGCCAUUCAAGCUUUGACCUACUCCAUUCUAUCAAUGGGCAGACUGUGACUUAAAUGUAUGUUGGUUGGAGUCUCUAUCGCUCCAUUCGCCAUUCACAGUUACACAACUUUCGGUACCCGGCAGUACAAAUGAGAGGGUGAAUGAGAGAGCGUGAAUCCUUGUGUCCAGUGACAUCUCAUGUCACGUUUCACCACGUGGCUUUAUAAUCUGCAGGUUGUAACGCUGCCGUAAGAUGGAAACUUUGGUGAUCUGGUACGUUGCUGAAGACGAUCAGACUCUGGGAAGCUGACCCUAUGGCCUGUAAUGGAAUCCACGCACUGGUAUCACCGGUAGUCAUGUGACCCUGUUCCUCUACCUGAUACUGCAUGUAGGAAAUGAGAUGGUGAGGCUUACAGGGUGCAUGACUUUCAGUAACAGCAGCAGCCUGUUACUGAAGUAGUCUCUCAUAAGAGGCAGCCAAUCAGCAGUCAGCCUUUAUUCCAAAGAAUUGCUGUUGCCCUUACAUUGCAAUGGCUCCCACAGAAGUAGUAGAGUAAAGUAGAAGAGGCCGUUUACUGCAUGUGGUCGACUAUGUUUAAACACGCUCUCCUCUGGGACUUCCUUUUUCCCACACAACAACCAGGAACUUUCUCUCCAUGCCCUGUUUGCAUUUCAUCCUGCUCCGAGUUUAAUUACCUGUUUCUGUUGGCGCAACUUUCUGUGAUUGAGGAAAUCUUCCUGCUCAGGGAACAAGACCAGCAUUAAGAGGUCCAAGGAGUCAUUCCCAUCUGUCCACCCAACACUACUGGAGCUCCAUUCACCAGGAAGCUGUUUUUACAACAUCAAACUCAUCUGCAGAGGCUGGUGCAAUCCCUCCAGCAGCCUCUGAGCCGAAGGAAAACACACCAGCCUUCACGUCGUCCCAGUUUAGGAUCAAACAAGUGCAGCGACGUGUCUGAAAAUCACCCGAGACUUCAUCUCAGUUUGUUUAUCUCUCUGUGCUUUUUUGUGCUGUCACUCCGCUCGUUUGUAAUGAUCGUGUCCAUGUUUUCUUUUCCCACAUGUGUCUGCAUGCGUACUGUAUGUGCCAUCUGCAGUCUCGUCCGCAUGACUGCAUUUGGCUGUGUGUCAUCAGCUGGGUUUCACACCAGGGUGUGAGGGAGCCAUGUGACCAUCAUGGCAAUUCCCGAAACCCGCCCCACCCUAUUACUGUGAGGUUAUAUUCUAGCGGCAUCGGCCGUCUGCUCCUGUCCACAUGGAUCGCAGUGUGUCUCGCUCUGAGGUGGCACUGGGGCUCGCGCUGAGAGCACUCCGACUUUGGAGGCACAGGGCACUGAGAGAGCAGUGCCGCAGGCCUGAGAACCAGCAGAAAGCCCCCUCGGCGCCUCUUCCCCCUCCGCCUCCGCCACCACCCCCGCCCCCAGAGCCUGCUGCCCCACCAGAGCCAGAGGAAGAGAUCCUGGGCUCCGAUGAUGAGGAGCAGGAGGACCCUGCAGACUACUGUAAAGGAGGGUACCACCCAGUAAAGAUCGGGGACCUGUUCAAUGGACGCUACCAUGUGAUCCGCAAGCUGGGCUGGGGCCACUUCUCCACGGUGUGGCUGUGCUGGGACAUCCAAGGGAAACGCUUCGUGGCCAUGAAGGUGGUGAAGAGCGCUCAGCACUACACCGAGACAGCGCUGGACGAGAUCAAGUUGCUGCGAUGUGUACGGGAGAGUGACCCCAGCGACCCUAACAAGGAUAUGGUGGUCCAACUGAUUGAUGACUUCAAGAUCUCUGGAGUCAACGGGAUUCAUGUGUGCAUGGUUUUUGAAGUCCUGGGACACCACUUGUUAAAGUGGAUCAUCAAGUCCAACUACCAGGGUCUCCCCUUGCCUUGUGUGAAGAGCAUCAUCCGACAGGUGCUGCAGGGGCUAGACUACCUGCACAGCAAGUGCAAGAUCAUCCACACGGACAUCAAGCCUGAAAACAUCCUCAUGUGCGUGGACGACGCGUUCGUGCGCAGGAUGGCCGUGGAGGCCACGGAGUGGCAAAGGUCGGGGGCCCCUCCCCCAUCUGGCUCUGCAGUAAGCACGGCCCCCCAGGUCAAGCCGGUGGGCAAGAUCUCCAAAAACAAGAAGAAGAAGCUGAAGAAGAAGCAGAAGCGGCAGGCCGAGCUGCUGGAGCGCCGCCUGCUGGAGAUCGAGGCUCUGGAGCGGGAGGCCGAGAGGCAACGGGCCAGCGAAAGCCCUGGGGAGGACAACCCAGAGGCCCCCCACUUGCCCCCAAAGCCAGGGGUCGCCGCUGCAGAGAGUGACGAGGACGAGGAGGAGGAAGACGAUGUAGAGCAGGAGGAAGGAGAGGGAAACAGGGAAAGAGGAAGGGCGGCAAGACUCACCAAUCACAACUGCUCAUCAGAAGUGCAGGAACCGGAUGGUCCAGCCGACGUGCAGAGGCCUGACGAAGGAGAGACAGAUAAAGACAGCCCUACAGCCACAGGGAAAGAGGAUGGCAGCAGACACAAAGUGGAGGAAGAGGAGGAGGAGGAGGAGGAAGAAGAGGACGAGGAGGAGGAGGUGGAGAAGGAGAAGGGUGAGGAAGAGAAGACUGCAGCCAUCAAUCCAAAGGUGGAAGAAACUGACCCAAAGAAAGUACUGGCAGAAGAAAAGGAAGGGGGCGGAGCCAGGGAAGAGGAUGAUGAUGAUGAGGAAGAGGAUGAUGAUGAGGAGGAAGAGGAUGAUGAUGCCGGUGAGACACAGAAGGAUGCUCCCAAAACCAAUGGUCACAUGCUGCUGGUGGAGGAGCAGGUGAACCUCAGUGGCAGGACUCUGCUCUGCCCCCUGGUGGACUCUGAGCUUAGCAUCACAGACCGAGACGCCUCUGUCAGCUCUUCCUGCGAGCUCUUCAACGGCGAAGCCCCGGGAAUGGCCAACGGGGGCCGCCACAGAGCCACAGCACCCUGUUACCCCGAGCUGCCCUUGGACCCUGAGCCCUGCACAGCUAGACCAGCCCUGCACAGCCCUCCGGCCGAUCGCAGUCGCACUGUGUCCUUUUCCAGUACGGGGGACACACCUAAAGUGAAGGCUCGGGCCGCAGACCUGCUAAUAAACCCCCUGGAUCCCCGCAACGCAGACAGCCUAAGGGUCAAGAUAGCGGACCUAGGAAACGCCUGCUGGGUGCAUAAGCACUUCACUGAAGACAUCCAGACGCGGCAGUAUCGCUCCGUCGAGGUCCUGAUCGGGGCAGGCUACAGCAGCCCCGCUGACAUCUGGAGUACAGCCUGCAUGGCAUUUGAAUUAGCAACUGGAGACUAUUUGUUUGAGCCUCAUUCUGGAGAGGAUUAUUCCAGAGAUGAAGACCACAUUGCUCUGAUCAUGGAGCUGCUGGGGAAGGUGCCGCGCAAAGUGGCCACCGCUGGGAAGUACAGUCGUGAGUUCUUCACCAAGAAAGGAGAGCUACGGCACAUCACCAAGCUAAAGCCCUGGUCACUGUUUGACGUGCUAGUGGAGAAGUACGGCUGGACCCCAGAAGAUGCGAGUCACUUCACUCAUUUCCUGUUGCCCAUGCUGGAGAUGGUGCCAGAGAAGAGGGCCUCUGCCGGGGAAUGCCUCAGGCACCCCUGGCUGACUUCAUAGCAGCGCCCCACUGUGGCAGCUUCUGGAACUGCUACACUUCACAUAGACUAGAAAGAAGGAAGGGGUUGGAAGAGCUAGUAGGGGGUGGUUUGUUUCUGGAUCUGAUCAGUUCCUGAUCUGCCACCAUUAGAAUAAAGUGACGCACAUGCUGACAGACACGCACAACAGACAACUGCAGCUUUGCCUGGUGUUUUUGCAAACUCCAGCAAAUAAGUUAUCAGUGUCUCCCUUAUCUCUUAUAACACCAGAGUGGCGCAGACAGCCCCUAGACCUGUCAUACCUAGGUGUAACAGACAGCCUCUCAACCUGCCUGUCUGUCUAUCUGUGUAACAGACAGCCUCUCAACCUGCCUGUCUGUCUAUCUGUGUUACAGACAACCCCUCGACCUGUCAUAUCUAUGAGUAACAGAAGCUUCUUGACCGGUCUGUCUGUCUGUCAUAUUUGUGUUACAGACAGCCCCUCAACCUGUCAUAUCUAGGAGUAACAGAAGCCUCUCAACCUGCCUGUCUGUCAUAUCUGUGUUACAAACAACCCCUCGACCUGUCAUAUCUAUGAGUAACAGAAGCUUCUUGAACGGUCUGUCUGUCUGUCAUAUCUGUGUUACAGACAGCCCCUCAACCUGUCAUAUCUAGGAGUAACAGAAGCCUCUCAACCUGCCUGUCUGUCAUAUCUGUGUUACAAACAACCCCUUGACCUGUCAUAUCUAUGAGUAACAGACAGCCUCUUGACUUCUCUGUCAGUCUGUUUGUAUAUCGGUGUUACAGACAGCCUUUUGACUUGUCUGUCAUAUCUGAGUAAGAGACGGCUUCACAACCUAUCAAAUGGUCUCUUGACCUGUCUGUCUAUCUAUGAGUAACAGACAGUCUUUCUACCUGCAGGUCUGUCUGUCGUAGCAGACUCAAGGUGUCUGUCUAUCAUAUCUGUGUUAUAGACAGCUCCACGAUCUGUCUGUCAUAUCCAUGAAUAACAGCUUCUCAACCUGUCUGUUUAUCAUAUCUAUGAAUAACAAACAGCUUAUUGACCUGUUUAUCAUACCAAUGAGUAACAGACGGCCUCUUGACCUGUCUAUCUAUGAGUAACAGGCAGCCUUUUUACCUGUAAGUCUGUCUGUCUGUCUGUCAUAGUAGCAUGACACAGCUCAGCAUUUGCCAUACUCUUCCUACCACAAGGCAGAUUAUUAGUAUGGCACCUACCCCUCAGCCUUCCUUCUCUUCUCUCUCUCUCGGUUAGCUGGUCGUUUCUGCCACCGACAGCUAGUGCAUAUGAGUCCCAGAAUUAGACGGGAAACAACGAUGCAGGGGGAGCGACUAAGGCUGCCUUGGGUGCUCAUGGGAUGUCUUCACGCAUGUGGAGGGUGGAGUAGAAGCAGGCAUGAGGGGGUGUGUGGUGAUGGCAUGGACACUGGCCAGCGAAAUAUGACGUUCCUGUCCUGCAGAAUGGCUGCCUCUCCAUUUCAGACCGUUGCUGCCAGAUAUAAGCAUAGAAGAUGGCCCAUUCCUCUUUCAGAAAUGGUAACAUCCUAGCAGGAAAACGACUAGACUGUUUACUCUUUCCUGUCUUAACCAUAAGCUGCACUGCCAUGGCUGGAAAAUGAGAUUUCCAAUUGUGUGCGUGCCCCUGAGGGUCAGCACAGCCCCCCUUCCUCAUUUCCUGUGGAACACAAGCGCUCUGUCAGGAUGUCUCCAGCCCCGCCUACGGCCCCGCCUACGGCCCCGCCCCCCCUCGCCAGAAGGCUGUGGUCCUUCCAUCAGGAUGGCCGCAGUGCUGUCUAACUGUUUACACUCCGGAGUCCUUACAUUUCUUGAGAACUGUGUAUCCCAUUUCAGGCUGCCACCCCCGCCCACUAGGGGGGCCCCUAAAAGGACACUGCUUAGGCGAAGAUGUGCGAAAAGCUCAAUUUAGUCAUGUUUGCGGCUUUUCUGUGAAAAAGACUGAUAUGAAAGUUGAGAAAGGAUGCUCGAGUGAACAAUUCAGGGUGUUGCACCUGUUGUUUUGGUCUGUUUGUUUAUAUAUAUAUAUAUAUAUAUAUAUAUAUAUAUAUAUAUAUAUAUACACAUAUAUAUAUUUUUAACAGGAAGUAGCCACAGUGUCUGUGGAAUCAAAGAGUAAGGACAUCUAGCCUGCCUCCAGACCUCACAAGCUCCACCCCCGACCACCAUGUCACCCCGCCAUCCCAAGGUCCCUCGCCCUUCCAUGUACAUUUUGCAUUCCAGAUCCUGUGACAUUAUUGUACUUUUUUCCUGAUGGACCGGCAUGAUAACCUUUGAACUUUUCAGUGACCUAUUUUCUGAUCCAGAUUGGCUGCCCCUACAGACCUUCCUCCCAUCCAUCCCGGCUGACUCUUCUCCAAGUCUUGGAUUCCUGAUUGACUUUUCCACAUGUAUUUUCCAAAAGGAGGUUGCACUUGUCUUGUUCAGGGAUUAACUUUGUACAUAAUACUGAGAUACUGGUAUGCUGAUCAGAAAGAAGACGUGAUGCUCGCAUCGUUUUGGAGGAGGCCCAGUUUAGUCAUCAAAAGAUUGCCACGGACACCCAGAUCAACCCCUCCCCCUCUGCUUUUCUGGGGUGGACUGGGGCUGCAGUGGCAUAGAGAGUGGGUGGAACCACCAAGCGUGCCUCCCUGUGGCCAGCGAGGGAACUGCGGUUUCUCAGACUGCAGCCUUCGGUGCCAAGAACUCUUCCACUCCAUUCCAUCUGUCACGCAUCAUGAUUAGUGCAGUUGCCUAUUUUCGCAAUAAAUCAAUAUAAGUAGAUAGUAAAAUAUUUUUAAAAGAAACGUUAAAAUAAUUUAAAAAGAAGAGAAUUUGUCUGAUAAUGUGACAGUGACCGAAUUAUGUCCGUACUGAGGUGAUUGUGCUUGUCUGUUAGAGAUGUCUUUAUUUCUUUAAUAAUUAUUAUUAUUAUUAUUAGUUUCUUUUUUUACUUGGGCAUCACCUCUCCCUCUUCUCUCAUGAACAGUGCUGCUCUUUUGGAGUUUAUGAUAAUACUCAAACAUUUUUGCAAUAAUGGUAAUCAUGAUGAAAUGAAUUUUGCACCAGAUGCUCUCGAUUCCCCUCUCAGCCAUGCUGACUGUUCUGACAGAAUUGGUUUCUUCUGUGUUUUUCGUUGACAGAUUUAAUAAAAUUGUAAAUUAAACGGAAUCCCCAGGGGCAGCCUUUGAUCCAUUUCCGGCGGCUGCUCGUGUUGUCUGAUCCACUGUACUGUUUCCCCCUUGUACAUAAUGUAAAGAUAAAAGUAGUGGUAUAAUAAAGACUAUGGGUCUA